CUGGGCCGUAACCGAAUGCUUGUAUAUCCUGCUUUCCUCCGGCAGCAAUCUGCAGCAUGGAUGCGAUGGAUUGCGAAUACAAAAACUAUUGGGAGACCAAAACUUUCUUGGAGGCUGAGGAGCUACACAGCAGCUGGAUAAUUGAUGAAGCGAUGUCUCAGUGCUUCUCUUGCAGCUCCUCCCUUGCGGCGACAUCUUCGACGCCCCCUAAGUAUCUUGUAAUGGAGAGGAACAGGAGGAAGAAGGUACAGGAAAAGCUUUAUGCUCUUCGAAGUGUAGUCCCAAACAUCACAAAGAUGGACAGGGCAUCGAUCAUCAAGGAUGCAAUUGACUACAUUCAACAGCUCCAGGAGCAAGAGAAGAUGUUGCUAUCGGAGAUAUCAGAGCUCGAGUUGUUCAACGAGUUCACAGAAAUUAUUUAUGAUAUGGAGCAGGAUGAUGUGGCCCAAACAUCACCCGAACAGCCUCUUGCUCCGGGAUCACCAUUCAUGCCCUCCAUCGAACUUUUGGAACUAAAGGUGUUUGCAGUGGGUAAUAAGAAUUUUUCUAUAAGCUUCACUUGCAACAAGAAGAGGGAUGCACUAAUUAAGAUGUGUGAAGUAUUCGCGUCUCUUAACCUCAACAUCAUCACAGCCAAUAUCACCUCCAGCUCUGAAAGCCUUUCACACAUGCUUUUUAUUGAGACUGAUGAAUCUGAUGGUUCUGGGCUGAAGGAAAAGAUUGAAGCAGCCAUCGCAGAACUUGAUGUUCCACGAAACCCAUGAGUGUCCAUUGAAGUUGAUCUCUUAAAGUUAUUUGUAACUUGAGAUUUUUAUUCUUCCUCUGCAAUGUCAAUGUAAUUAAAUGGAAGAAAUAUGUACCUGCUUAAUUAAGAGAAAGGAAUGAAGAUCUAUCUACACUAUAU